CCCUCCUCUUCUGCACAUCCAUUGGACGUGAUCCUGGCUUUUCGGGGCUGGAUUGGCUACGGAAGCUGGCAUUAAUUUUUCCUCCAAGCUUGGUAGCAGCAAUGAAGUAAACAGCCAUGUGCAUUCCUCUACUCUAUAUUUAACUACAGCGGUUUGUGCAGGAGAGAUCUGCAAGAGGAGGGAAUUGUGGUUCUGUAGAGAAGCUCCUGGCGUGGGGGAGAGAGGGCAGCUCUCUGAGUGGGGUAUCCCUGGCUCCUCCUGGGCAGAGGGCCUUUCCUUUGUGAGCCAACCUAAGGCCGUCAUGCCAGCCUCUCAAAGCAGGUCCCGGGCACGGGACCGAAAUAAUGUCCUGAACAGGGCUGAGUUCCUGUCACUGAACCAGCCUUUAAAAGGGGCUCAGGAGAAUAGGAGCUCAAGCAGGAAGACAACAGGCCCAUCCGUGCAGGCCCCACCACCAAAUGAGGGGUCCAAGGAGCGGAGGCAGUCUCAGCAGCUGCCCGAAGAGGACUGCAUGCAGCUAAACCCAUCCUUCAAGGGAAUUGCGUUCAACUCCUUGCUGGCUAUUGACAUCUGUAUGUCCAAGAGGCUGGGUGUCUGUGCCAACCGAGCUGCCUCCUGGGGCAGUGCCCGCUCUAUGGUCAAACUCAUUGGGAUCACAGGGCAUGGGAUCCCUUGGAUUGGGGGCACCAUUAUCUGCCUGGUGAAGAGCAGCACUCUUGCAGGGCAAGAGGUCCUAAUGAAUCUGCUGCUGGCUCUGCUCUUGGACAUCAUGACCGUCGCCGGGGUGCAGAAGCUCAUCAAACGGCGAGGCCCCUACGACAUGAGCCCGGGCCUCCUGGACUACCUCACCAUGGACGUCUACGCCUUCCCAGCCGGCCACGCCAGCCGGGCCGCCAUGAUAUCCAAGUUCUUCCUCAACCACCUGGUGCUGGCCGUGCCCCUGCGGAUCCUGCUGGUGCUCUGGGCCUUCUGCGUGGGCCUGUCCCGGGUGAUGAUUGGGCGGCACCACAUCACCGACGUGCUCUCCGGCUUCGUCAUUGGCUACUUCCAAUUCAAACUGGUCGAGCUGGUCUGGAUGUCCUCCAACACCUGCCAGAUGCUGAUCUCCAUCUGGUGAAGGCGCUGCGGCCGCUCGAGCCGUUCGGGAGAGGAGGGAGCAGAGAAAGUGCCCUUCCGGGAGCCGCGGAGCAUUCCCUCUUGAACGUGUGUUAGACCCGUUUCAUUUUCCUGUCCUGUUUGGUGGCCAGUAUGGACAGGUUUUCCCGGCCGUGAGAGGGGGACGGGCUCUUGGGAAACACCCGCGCCCUUCCCCCAAACACCCAGAGUUAACUUGGCUUUCCCGCAGCAUCUCAAACCCGGUGGAGUUUCAACAUUUCAGAAUCACUUUUGCUAAGUUCCUGCUUUCAGAGAUGUCAGAGUAAAAAUCAAGCUGGGGAACGUGUGUGUGGGGGUAAUCUGGUAUUUACCUUUCGCUAUUACUGCUGUCAGGUUUUUUGGCAGGUGCCUGUAAAUCCCAGGCCCCGUCGUCCCCUUUGGAUGGGUGGGCCUGUCGGCUCUCACCACUGGCUCCGAUGGAUACGGAACCAGGCCUGGAGCUCAGGCCUUUGAUGAACCAGCUGGAGCAGCUCUGCUCUGCAGUCUUGCCUCCAGCUGGCUUCUCCCCGGGUACUCCUGCAUCCUGGCAUUUUUGGGAAGGCCAGCGCUAUCCCACCCCGCUGCACUCAGAAAGUUAGACUAGACAAAGCACUGGCUAGCGUCCAGUAGCGUCCAGCAACUGCUUUGGCCCCCAGGGGCCGGACUCCGUGUGACCUAAUAGGUCUUUUCCAAGUCAAACUUGUAUAGUUCUGUAUUUCAUGUGACAAUAUAUACAGUAUGCAAACGAGCCAUUUGGGGUGAUUUUUCCCCCCCAGUGGAAGAAUCACUUUUCAUGACUCAGCACUCUCAUUGCCAGCUUGUUCAAACACAGUGACUACGUGGGGAAACGUCGAUUGUUUUCAGAGUAGGGGCUUGAAAACUCAGGGGAUUCAAAAAGGUCACUAAUGUCUUCUGCCUUCUUCAGACUGAUCAUUUUCAAACCCGCCUAGGUCAGGCGUGGAGAAUGUGCUUACCAGAAAAUGACUUGCAAAAUGCAGUCCACGCAUACUAUUUUCAGUUCUCUGUUUCACUACCUCCCACACAGUUAGUGUCCCAUGCUGGAACUCACUCCAGCCCAAUGGUAGGUAGUCACCUCGUUAGGUUGGUUCCAUCAAAAGAAAUGGUCCCAGAAAACUUCACCUUUUUUUGUGGCCUCCUAGGUCUGUGGAAUUACCCAUGGAUCCACUGAUAUUUUUUCUUGCUCUACCCUUGACUCCCUAGAUUCAUAAAGAAAGGGAAUCAUAGAAGCAAGAGCUUGAAAGGAAAUUUAAUCAAUUUGUCCCCUAUAAUUAUAGAAAGUUUAUUUUGCAGUCUCCUCCCCAGGGAUGUUGUGAAACUCAGAUGAGAUAAUGGUUGUAAAGCACUUUGUAAAUCUCAAAGCGUUCUCUCUAUGUCAGUUAUUAUUGUUAUUAGCUUAUGGUCACCAGGCUUCUAAUCUGGGGAUGAGUUCAGUCACUGACCUUUCUACUGCAUUCCUGCUGUAGAACAAUCUAGGAGUGUGCUGGUAAAUGUUUAAUAUUGGAUUGGAGGGGGGAGAGGAUGAAAACACUUUAAAAUUUAAUCUGCAUU